CCACCAUGAAAACAUUCUCCAUUCUAAUUGUCGUCGGCGUACUUCUCGCCGGUAUCCUCCACAUCUCCGCCCAGAACUGUGGCUGUAGUCCGGAUUUGUGCUGUAGCCAGUUUGGGUUUUGCGGCAGUGACGAAGCGUACUGUGGAGCCGGAUGUCAGGAAGGGCCGUGCUUCGGACCUCCUCCGACGAAUGAUGUAUCGGUUGCUAACGUCGUGACAGAUUCAUUCUUCAAUGGAAUCGUGGACCAAUCUGACGCCAGUUGUGAAGGAAGAGGGUUUUAUACACGCGCCGCCUUCCUGGAAGCUAUCGGAAACUAUCCUCAAUUCGGUAGGGUUGGUACGGAAGAAGAUUCCAGGCGAGAGAUCGCAGCUUUCUUCGCACAUGUCACUCAUGAAACUGGACAUUUUUGCUACAUUGAAGAAAUAAAUGGUCCUUCAAGGGAUUACUGUGAUGAAAAUAACACUCAAUACCCAUGUAACCCUAGCAAAGGGUACUAUGGAAGAGGCCCAAUUCAACUAUCAUGGAAUUUCAACUAUGGUCCAGCAGGGAGGAGCAUCGGGUUCGAUGGAUUGAACAAUCCUGAAAUCGUGGCUACAGAUCCACUUAUCUCAUUUCGAACCGCAUUGUGGUUUUGGAUGAACAAUGUCCAAUCGGUCUUACUUUCUGGCCAAGGGUUUGGAGCCACUAUUCGAGUCAUCAAUGGACAACUCGAAUGUGAUGGAGCUAAUCCAGAUACAGUAAGUUCUCGUGUUAGGUAUUACACAGACUAUUGCAACCAACUUGGUGUUACGCCGGGUGAUAACCUUAGGUGUUAGACUAUUUGAACAUAUAUUUGUUUAUGAAUUACAGUUUGACACUUGUACUUUAAGUUUAUUUUUGUAUCUCAUGUGUUGUUUAACACAUGAAAGUUAUCUCUAUUGAUGUAUUAGAUUUUAUUUAUAUCUUACUCAUAUAAAAGCGGUUAAUCUCAUCGACUUCGGGCAUAUAUUGAAAAUUUUCAAAUGUUUCUUUUAGAGGUACAAUAUAUGGUACUUUUAUCCUAUGCAAAUAUGUAACACAUUGUGUCCACAUGUAUCUACGUAAGUCAAAAGAUUUUAUGAGAUCAUAUACGUAUUUUGUGCAAAAGAAAAUAUAAUAUGUCAAGUGAAUUUCGGUAUGU